AUGGCAACACCUCGGCAGGGUCCAACCAGGCCACCAUCUGCGGUAGCAGGGAUGACGGAAGAUGAAAUAGCUGCUGGAGAGAAUGCAGGGAAAAGUAUGACUUGUCAAGGGGGACUGUAUGCUACUUCUGAGCGGUGCAGGGAGUUGCUGGAUGACGUUGCCAAUAAGGAGAGGGCGCUGUCACAGCUUCGUUGCGUGCUCGAGGAGAUGGCAGGUGCGUAUGAGCAACUUCAGCGCCACAGCCAGCGGAUAGAAACGGAGCUAGAGACACUCACCGCACGAUACAACGUGCAGCAAGAGGAACUUAUCGCAGCCAAAUCGAAGGUUUCUAUGCAGGAAUCUAAACUCCAGCAAGCCGACGAGGAUUACCAGCGCCGCACGCAGCAGCUCCGGUGGGAACUCAAAUCUGCAAGAGAGGAACGCGACGAAGUAACCGCCGACCGCGAGUCGUUAUGGACUCAAAUACGGUCUCUGCGUGCCGAUGUGGAGGAACAUAGACGUGUGCAACAGGCGGCUGAGGCUGCGUGGGAGAGCAAGCUCGCCGACGCUCGUAAGGAGGCGACGGAGAAAGCCCAUGCAGUGCUGCGCGAAAGAGAGGAGAUCCUAUCCAUUCGUGAAGCCGAGUUGCAGCGUGCGCUAUCAAAGUUGGAGGGGCGAUUUGAUGAGACUGCUGCGGAGACCCGACGACUGGAGUUACUGAACGAGUCGCUGCGAGACCGGGUGGGCGAGAUGCAGGAAUGCGUUCAGCGGGAGGCAGAGAUGCGCCACCGACUAGAGGCGGCCCGCGGUACACAGCAGCAGGAAAACAAAUUGCUCAGCGAGUGCAUGGAGCUCGAACGGCGUGGACGUCGUGAGCAGCAAAAGGCCAUCGAAGGCGGCUAUGAGGCGCAGUUGCGGGAGAUGAAGCGAUCGUACGAGCUGUUGGAGCGGGAGCGUCGCAGACAAGAAGAAGAGAGUUGCCGCGCACUAAGGGAGUCGAGGUUGGCUACCCAGCUCGCGCGAGAUGAGUGGUUAGCACAGCAACAACAUCUGGAGCUGACAAUCAGCGGGUUGCGAGGUGAGGUCGAUCGAGGACGCCUGCGUUUUGAUCAGGUGGACGAAUUAAAGCAGCGAGCGGAGUCAGAAUUGCUGCGCGCGCAACGUGAACUGCAAUUUGUUCAGCAGCGCGAGACUACGCUGCAGGAGACGGUGGAAACCCUUCAAGGCACAGUGGCGAGACACCGGGCUACAGAGGUACGACUUGAAGGCGAGAUUCAGAGGUUGCUGGCGGUUGUGGCGGAGCGGGAGCGUGAGGUUGAACGAUGGAAAUGCGCAGCGGAGCGCCUAGAGUGGAAGAGGUAUGUGGGGGCGGAAGAGGUGCCUUCACUUUCGUCACAUGGUACCUGCCACUUCCAUCAGCAAUGUGGACAUCAGGAUGGACGCGAUGUUGGGGGGAUGUGCGGGCCGACCACUGAAUUGCCGUUUUCACCUGAAUCAGCCGUGCCCGCACAGCCGACAGUUGUGGGGUCUCUCGCCCCUGCGUGCAGUGGCCCAAGCACUCCGUCCCGACCUUUGCCAAGCUUUUUGACGCCUUGCCUCCGACAAUAUAAACGGUGCCAACAGCCUUACCAUUCGCAACAUAUUGAGAGUAUUGACCGUACUCCAAAUUGUUUGCUUAAUGAUGUAUCACGUUUCGAUUGUACUCAGAGCAGCGAGGAGGUGCAGGCAGAACUGCUCCGUUCCAUCGUUCAAGACGUGCUGUGGGAGCACCUACAGCCUGGUGAUGGCGUUAGUAUUAAUUUAAUGGGUGCAAACGGACAUCCUUACAGCAGUGCUUCGCCCACAGGGGCGAGGGUGGGUGGACAGGGUGUACCACAUAUUUCCCCCUGGCACCAUGAGAGUCGUCGGGGUCCUCCUGUGCCAACCCGACCCAUGGGAGAGCAGCGCAAGUCCGUGAAGGCUUCGCAGGAACGGUCCCAGACAGCGCAUGACGCAACGCGAGCUCAGGGUAACUCAUCACCGUUGCGCAACCCGUUGGUUGAGCUUCCCAAUGCGUGUGCCACGCCGCUGCAGGGACCGAUGCCUAGAGAUUGUACAAUACAGCUAAAUAUUCGCGACCGUAGCGGUGGUGCUGAGCACCAUCGGUGCGGUUCUCUCAGUACUUCAAGCGCAAUCGCGGGGUCUGCUGUAGCGGCGUCCGAAACGGCAGUGUCCCCAAAGGCCACUCCAACACCGCCUUUCGUAGCAGUGACAUCGACACCCAACUCGUCUACUCUUUGCUCUGGAGCGUUCCUCGCGUCAACUCCAAACAACCUUUCUGUGGGUUCCUCAGCAACGUCCCACCGGCGGCGGUCGACAUUGUCAACGCAUUUUUGCAACAAAGAGAAAUCCAAGAGGCGGAGUAACGUGCAGGGUUACUUUAGUAAGCAACGUCGGCAGCCGCCACAUGAUGUUGUACCGGCGCCAGUGAGCUACGAGGGUGUUAAUGAGUUGGGAGCGGGCUACGGUUUUGAGAGUAACCCCAACAAUAGUAAUCAGAGAUUCAGCAAACAAGGCAGAGACAGUCGUAGCGGACGAAGCCCAAGUGAGGGUAGUGUGAAGCGGUUGCCAAGCAGCGCUAGUGAUAUCAGAUGUACUUCCAAUGUAUUGUCCAUUGGCAGUGACGUGACCUCCUCCACAUGCGUGUCUGCUACACCACCGGCCCCGUUACUGCAACUAACAGCGCUCCAGGAGCGCUUUGCUACCAUGUCUAUUCUUUGA